AUGACUCUCACGCACUCACCAAAACUUGCUGUUGGCAUUACUCGAUGUGUGAAACGUGGCCUGGGCCAAAUCGGUGAUCUCGGAAGUGGAAGUGGAAAGGUUGUUUUUAUGUUUCUUAAUUUUAACAAAAAGGCUCGACUAGCUAAAAGAAGGUUUCUGGGUGGUGGCAGUGGUGGAUCGAUACGUGAUGCUGGUGGUGCCUUUGGAAAAAUUCAGGCUGGUCGAGAAGAAGAAUUCUUCAAGAAACUAGAAAAGGAGCAGCUUAAAUCCUUACAAAUGCAGUACAGAAAUUUGCGUAAGGAAAUGGAACGCGAAAUAGAAGAUCAUGAGAAUCAAGUCCGUGAUCAUCAAGAAGCAGUUGAUCGUCUGAGACGUCGUGUAGAUGCGUUAGAAAAAGAAGAACAAGAAUUGAAAAGUCAUUCUUAA